AUGGAUCAUAACAGUAUUUGUCUCGAUGCUGAUAUAAAGAAAUACCAAGGAAGAGUCUUAACUUAAUUUAAUAUGAUUACGCUUAAGGUCCACUGUUAUUGCCAAUAUAAGCUUCCAUCAUUUUUAUACGUGUCGGUGCAUAGACCGCUUGGCCAACCUGCUUUAUACGCCAGGAAUAUCUUGUAAAAACGAGACAUGUGCAAGCCUGCCCUCUUAGCUCAGCAGUUAACCUUAUGGCCACUGCUAGCUGGGACGGACUUCGAGCUGAAAAUCAAGUGCUGUUCAAGAGAUGUAUAUCUGGCAUGUUUUGGCUGCUUUCCUGUGGUAAAUAGAGGUGCUCAACAGCAUCAUUCUGAUCCUAGUACCCAUGGGCAUUCCUCUACCGAGAAACUGGGGGUUUCGACCCAGGCUACAAGGGAAUACCUUACUCCCCCCCCUUUAAAUUGAAACAAAAAAUUUUGUUUCAAUUUAAAGGGGGGUUAAGAAAAUUUUUUAUGAAAAAAUUUAUAUAUUUAAUUUUAAUUUCAUGAAAAAUUAAUUCAUAAAUUUCUCAAUCUCAAAGUGUAAACUUGCUGGAAUGGUAUUCUUCUAACUCUCCCCAUAACAAUUGGACAAAAUAGAGUUUAAUUUCUAAAUCUUAUAUGUUUGAAGCAUAUUAAAUAGGGUAUUAACGUAUUUACAUAUAAAAUAAUGAUUUUUACCUAUAAAAUUUUCUAUUAUAAUAAAAUUUUGUUUCAAUUUAAAGGGGGUAAUUUCCCAAAAAAGUAGGAAUUUUACCUAUAUUUUUGUUUCAAUUUAAAGGGGGGGAAGUUAGAGACUCCAAGUAGCUAAUCCAUGGUGUCAAGUUACUCCAAUCACCAGCAGAAAUCCAUAAGCCCGUAAACUCAAGACUGAAGCCACAAGGCGAGGAGGAGACAGAAGGUACCGAAAGUGGCACAGACCCUCUGGGUUGAGUCGUAAAGUGGUAGAACCUCCAGCACGGAAGGUCUUUGGUGACUGUGUCACCAAUAUGGCUAAGGCCUAGCUUUUAAUAAUCCUAAUCCUUCGACAGGUCCAUAAGUAAUCAACUUCUCUCUUCUUGACGCAUUUUAUGAUUAUAUCAAAGAAGGGUCAGAUUUGAAGGAAUUAUAUUUUUAAUCAUUUAUAUAAUUCCUGCUGUCAUUAUUUUCUGCACUCUAGGCAUGGAAGGCUUAGAAGGUUUUACAGGUUUAUUUUUCAUUUAUCCUUUGCUAGGAUGUUUAGCUCUAGAAGCUUUACAAAAUAAUGAUUUAAAAAAGCUCGAGAGAUAUAAAAAAAUAUUAUAUUUUGCGUCAUAUGCAGAAGGAAUUAUAGGUUUUGUCUCUUUUUUGAUAGCCGCUUAUUUUUUGAUGAAUGUUAUUAAUUUUGAAUGCACAGAAGAAAUGUAUGAUACUUGUGGAACUAAUAUAGGACUGCAAUCAUUUAUGCUAUUUGUAUUUGGGGUUAUAAUGGCUGUAUCAAUAAUUACUUUAGGACUAACUUAUAUAUCAUAUAGACAUUCAUGGGUCAUGCGUUAAUGAUAAGCAAAUAAUCAAUUAUAUUAUACUUUUAUUUUUUUUUAAAAGUUUGUUUAAUAUUUUUUAAUUUUCUGAUGUGUGCUAUGCUAGUUUUUACAUAGCUCUUAUUGAAUUUAGUAUAAUAUUCUUCAUAUCGUAUUUAAUGCUAUUUUAUCAUUUAUCUGCUCACAUAAUUUGCUCCUUACAUAGUAUAUUUGAAUAGGAGAAUUUUCUUCUUACACCGAUAAGUUUUUUUUUUCCCAUAAAAAAUUAGAAUGCACUAUACCAGACAUUCAUUAGCUUUGCUGGAAUUGCUCUCUCAGUUGCAUCCAAAUAAUUUUGGUAGUUUAAAUUAUCAGUUUGCAUCUUCUCCACAAUAUAUUCCUAUGCAAUCUAUCCCUUAA